AUGACUCCCCACCUGGCGGGGUCGAGGCCGGGCCUGCUCUUCCAGGCCAGGAUGGGGGUGCCCCGGAGGGCGGGGGAUGCCAGCGAGCUGCGCAAGACGCUGAAGCCGCUGAUGGAGAAGCGCAGACGGGCCCGCAUCAACGACAGCCUCAACCAGCUCAAGGGUCUCAUCCUUCCCCUCAUCGGCAAGGAUAGUUCCCGCUACUCGAAGCUGGAGAAGGCGGACAUCCUGGAAAUGACCGUCCGUUUCCUCCAGGAGCUGCCGACCUCCGGCCCCCCCGCGGCGCCCACGCCUGCCGAGAGCUACCGGGAAGGUUACCGGGCCUGCAUGUCCCGCCUGGCCGGCCUCCUGCCCGCCUGCAGCCUGUUGGACGGCGACGUGUGCGGCCUCCUCUUGGACCACCUGCAGCGGAGCGGCGGUGGCGGCGGGGCAGCCCCGUCCCCUCGCGGGCCCAAGGCCCGGGGCCCCGGCCCCCGCGCGCCCCCUGGGCCCCCCGCGCCCCCCACCCACAGACCCUCCCCGCCGCCCCGGCCCGCGCCCUCGGGGCUCUGGCGGCCCUGGUGA